AUGGCAAACAUGAAGAAACCUAGCAAGGAAAGCAGACUAACAAAGUUCAUGAAGACCCCCCUAAGGGUUUUAAUCAAGGCCAGGGAUUUCUACAUCAUGAGCAUGACCGAGUGCUCCGGUCAAUUCGAUUACGGCACGGCCAUGGGAUGCCCCGGUGCCCAGGUCCCAAGUUCUUUGCCUAGAAGCUUCAGCACAAGCUCUACCAAUUCAAGCACUGCCGAUAACGAAGAUAACAGAGAGCUUACGAGGGCCGCUUGUGCUAGGAGCUUAAGGAAUAAAAUUGAACUCGAUCUUGCUCGAAAAGCGCAGCUUCCUAGGCAGCCUCCGGUGGCUGGAGUGCCCAACGCCAUGCCUCGCAGUCGAAGUGUUGGAAUCGGAAGGAUUGACGAAGACAAGGCGUGUGAAUUUGAAGAAGAAGUCCAGGUCAAGAGAGAUGUGUAUCCGAGAAGUAGGAGCUAUGCUGUUUCUAGGAGAACAAAUUAG